AUGGAGACGGCAAUAGCAAAGUAUGGCAGUUAUGAGACCUUUGAGGAGAAGACAGGAGGGAAACCCAUGUCAAGAACUCAAAUUAUGGCCAUGGUGCUUCAAUAUCUCAGGAAAGAAAAUCUAGAGGAGGAAAUCUCUGUUAAUAUGUCGGAAGUUUUGAUGUCUCGUGCCUCUAUGACAAAUGUGAAGGGAAAGCCCACUCUGAAUGUCAGGGUUUGGAACCUCAGGGAGCACUGGGUGGAUGGCUUGCUACGGCAUGAAGUUGGGACUCACUACAUUCGGAGCUACAAUAACCAGUUCCAGCCCUGGUACAACUGGAAGAAACGCAAAGAGCUCGACAUGGAACCCAUCAACCCAACGGAGGAGGGCCUUGCUGCACUACACAGUAUACUGGUCAGGAAGGACCCAUCUCUGUGGCGGGCCGCCAUAUUGUAUUACACGACGUACUGGGCAGCACACAUGUCACUGAGGGACUUGUUCAAAGACCUGGGAAGGUUUGUUCAAGAUCCUCACACCAGAUGGGACUACUGUAUGAGGACCAAGAGAGGCCAGACUGAUACCUCACAGCCAGGUGGAUUUAGCAAGGACCAAGUUUAUUUGACAGGUGCUCUAGAACUGUUACGCUACAGACACAGCAUCGACUUCCAUGCCCUCGCCAGGCUGGGCAAGGUUUCGUAUAAAGAUGUGGACAAAUUGAAAAACAUGGGCGACUUUGAAGAGACCCGUAUCCCGUACUUUAUGCAGGACACUAACUGGUAUCUGGGAAGACUGGACCACAUUGUGAGAGCCAAUGGACUGACCGAUGCAGAGUUGAAGAGAGUCGUGCCUGACUUGGAUGACAUAAAUUUGAAAUCAUGUGGUUCAGCAAGCAGUUUUAAUUAUUGACUGGUAAUUGUCUUUCCUAUUAAUAUUUUGAGUCACAGUGAUAAUACAAGUACUUGUCACUCAGAGAAAUCACAGUAUGUGGAAAGAUGUGUUUUAUAAAGGUAAAAAUAGUUGAUAAAAUGCAAGUUAUGGGGAAAAGGGGUUGAGGGAGAGAUAUUUAGAUGGUGCAUUGAUUGUGAAGUGUUAUGUUCAGUUAUAGUGCUGAUGUGGAGGGGUGGGGGUUUGGAGGGGGGAGGGAAAUACUGGUAGUCUAUAAGUUUUACUGUUUAUUAAGUAUAAUACAUAUUUACGCUUAAAAACUGCCAGUUUGCUGUGACUUACCUCAUGGUAGGGAAGGUUCUUGUGACUCUCUAGAAUCCAUAUACUCUCAGGUAGCGAAUGACUAUCAUGUCUCAUAUACAGUAUUUGUAGAAUAUGUCUUCCAUGUCUUAACAAUUUUUUUUUUUUUAAUAAAAGUAUGUUAUGAUGGGCCUAUGAACAGUACAAUCAUCUUGAUGUUAGAAAAUACACUUUUCAAGGCACAGAUCACUGUGGAUGUGAUAUUCUUCAGAUCUCAUACAAAUGGGGAAAGACAUUUAAAGAAUGAACAUUUUGCAAAAAAAAAAAAUAAAUGCCAUUAAAAGCUAUGACAAUUGUCAGAAAUGUUCUUCUAAGAUAUAUAGUUAUUUAUUAGUGCAAAAUAUUGUAUUUAAUACAAUCUUUUUAUCUCUCAAAAACAUAUCUGGUUUUUGCAACAAGUCUAAGACUACAUGUACAUGACUUAGUGACUAGUCUUUCUUUUUUUGCAUUAUUUCCACAUAUUUAUUUAGUGCUAUAUACUAUAAUUGUGUUAAAAUCUUGCAUAUAUGUAAAGAUUGAAAAUUUUACUUCCAUAGAACUUUUAAAGUAUUUUUGUAGCAGUGGUGACCUUUUUAAAAAUUAUUUUUGCAUGUGUGUGUGUGUUCAAAGACUCUCCCCUUCAUGUUUAAGGAAAGGUCGUUAUUAGUAAUAUUCUCAUAUUUGUAACUCAUAUUAUUGAUAUUCUAGUCCACAAUAAAGUGAAAGGUUAAUUCAUUCAAUAUACAGUAUCAUGAUCUGAAAUAAGGUAAUUAUUUUUCCUUUUAAUUUCAAAGUGUUGGACGAAGUGUUUUGAAGAUUGCCUAAGACAAUUUUUCAUUCAAUAUUUAACUUUGUAAAGGUUUCAUAAGAAUUAAAGAUGUAGAUAUUUUCAGCUAUACACUGCCAGGAC